UAUAUAGUCACACAUAUACACAAACAUUUGUUUGUGCUCGUGGUCUAUAUAUUGCCUUAAAAAAGGGUCAAACAUAGUAUAGCUUGGAUCCUUCUUUACUUGUCCCUGAUCUCUCCUAAUCUCUCGUCUUCCCUCUCUUUUGUGUUUCAUCGAUCUCUAUCGGUCAUGGGUUCGAAUUUUCAUUACACUAUAGAUCUCAAUGAAGAUCAAAACCAUCAACCUUUUUUCGCUUCUCUUGGAUCCUCUCUUCAUCAUCAUCAUCAACAACAACAUUUUCAUCACCAAGCUUCUUCUAAUCCCUCUUCUUCGAUGUCACUGUCUCUUUCCUACUUUCCUUUCUUGAUCAACUCUCACCAAGAUCAAGUUGGGUACAACAAUAACACUUUUCAUGAUGUUCUUGAUACCCAUCUCUCUCAACCUCUCGAGACCAAGUUUGUAUCUGAUGGUGGUUCAUCAUCAAGUGAUCAAAUGGUGCCAAAGAAGGAGACACGACUAAAAUUGACGAUAAAGAAGAAAUAUAAUCAUCAAGACCAAACCAAUCUUCCUCAAUCCCCGACAAAAGAUAAGGCAGGAACUAAUUCGCUCAAGUGGAUAUCUUCGAAGGUGAGAUUGAUGAAGAAGAAAAAGGCGAUUAUUACCACCACCGACAGCAACAAACAGCACGCUAAUAACGACCAAUCCUCAAACCUAAGCUAUCUGGAAAGACAGCAUGGUUAUAACAACGAUUGCGUGAUUAGGAUUUGCUCCGAUUGUAACACAACCAAGACUCCUCUUUGGAGAAGUGGUCCGAGAGGUCCCAAGUCUCUUUGUAAUGCUUGUGGAAUAAGGCAAAGAAAGGCGAGGCGGGCCGCUAUGGCCACGGCAACUGCAACCGCAGUCUCUGACAUAUCGCCACGGCUCAUGAAGAAGAAAAUGCAAAACAAGAACAAGAUAUCAAAUGGAGUUUAUAAACUCUCCUCUCCUUCGGCCCUAAAGGUAAACAUGUGUAAGAGAAUGAUCACACUAGAUGAGACCAAAGCAGCCGAGGAUUUGGAGACUCAGAGCAACUCCACGAUGUUAUCACCUUCUUCAUCUUCAGACAAGAUUUAUUUCGAUGAUCUAGCAAUAAUCUUGAGCAAAAGUUCAGCUUACCAGCAAGUUUUCCCUCAAGAUGAGAAGGAGGCUGCCAUUUUGCUAAUGGCUCUAUCGCACGGAAUGGUUCACGGGUGAUUGUUUUAAUUAUAACCAGUGUUCAAGAAAGCGCUAGGCGCUAAGCGGGCGGUGACCCAG